CUUACAUACAUAUUACGUAGCCAACACUCGUACGUAAUUGGUUUAAAUACAUCCGUUAACAAAGUUCAUAUUUGAUAUUUCGCAUCCAUUCAAACUUCAAAGAUUCAAAGAUGGCUUCCAGAUCAACAUCCCGCCUAUUAUUCAAUUCAGUUCUCCGCUCCCCAAGAGCUGCCUCCCCAUCCGUCCUCAACCUCCGCCCCUGCAUAUUACAGAAUUCACCAACUAGCUACCGGUUUGCCCACACCAUACCCAGACCACCUACCUCGAAACCUUCAACCAAGGCAUCGGACCCUAAGAAACCUCCCCCAUUGAAACGUACCGAGCCUCACUAUGAAUUAACAUUUACUUGCGUACCUUGCGGCAACCGCUCUACGCAUACCAUAACGAAACAGGGCUACCAUCACGGAUCAGUACUCAUCACCUGCCCGUCUUGUCGCAAUCGCCACAUCAUGAGCGACCACUUGAAUAUCUUCGGCGAUCGUAAGAUGACUAUCGAAGAUCUUAUGAAAGAGAGAGGACAGCUGGUGAAAAGAGGUACUCUUGGAGAGACCGGCGAUGUUGAAUUCUGGGAAGAUGGGACCGUAACCGACCGAAAGCAAAGGCAAAAUAUUGCCGACGCUAGGGACAGCAUCGAAGAGGAUCUCGCGCAAGAUAAGAAGGACGAUUCGAAUGAGGCUUCGCUCUCACGAGAGGCGAGAGAUCCCUCAUCAAAAUCUAUAGACCCGACACCUACAGCCCCAGCGCCGUUAGGGAACACAGGCGCUCGUCCGUCAAUAGACAGCACUCAACAUACCGAUCAAGUGCCAUCCACACGACGCCAAUAGCCGAUCACAGCGCAGCCAAAUAGCUUCAGCUUUUAAACUAAGUUGCCACCAUAGAUAACGCCCUAUGACGUCGAACUCUAAGGGAAUCGCGAAAUAAGUGUAUAAAAUAUGCAUCACCUUGCCCGGCGCCGAUACUAGUGCGGGUGGAAAUUAGCGAAUAACCAAAGCGCGGUACUUCCCCAUUACUAUCCCCGUAUAACUCGAGCGCAAUCGGCUCAAUGAACGGAACGCUAGCCAUCAUUAGCGAUGCGCUACCGAAUUUGCGCAAUGGUCUCCAAAGUCAUUUUCAUCGCACGCGGCAUCAUCGAGGCCAUCUGAAGCCAGGAACGCAUAUUCCUACCCCAUCGGGGUCGACCUUUGGGGCGAAUGAUUUAAAGACAAGCUCUUACUCGUCGAGCUUAGCCCAUAACUAUAUCGAGUUGCGAACGCAUCUUCUCAUGUUAGGGGUCGUUCUAGGCCGGAAACCAGAGGAGCGCUGACGAAUCUUGAAUGCUAUUAUGAGCGGGGUCAUAGUACUUCAAAACGGCUAGACGCCUUAUGUAGAAGACCUACAUAUAAAGAAUUUGUCGCGCUAUUGUGGAACGGUCAUCAGCCGAUGUCAAAGUCGGGAUUCGAGGAACAAGGUUGUUAACAAUAUGAAGUGUCGUACAUUCGCUCGGCCUUCCAUAUACACACCCUACUCAUGUAUUAUAUAUACUGACAGAUGUUCUAUCUGUCCGACGUAC